AUGCUCUUCGGCGCGAGUUACGGUGGCACGUAUUUGUACAACAACAUGGACCACGCGCGAUCGGUAGCCGCCCGACUUCUUUUGCAACACCAAACCGAAGAGAACAAAAACACGUCAGCAGGGUCUGAAUCGGCAGCUUCUAAUUCGACUUCAAACAUUGAUGCGCUCAGUGCGCAGAUGGACGUUCUGGCACGUGAAAUGUCUCGCACGCGAGACCACCCCGUCGUCUUGGUGGGGCCGUCAGGUCCGCUCAAGGGCUCUUUAGCGACGAUAUCGGACAUACUGAAUUUGCUUGGCUGGGCCGUGGUGGCAGUGAGUGUUGGCGGGGUAGCAUACUACGUCGCGGUGAAGAGGAAUGUGUCGUUGCGGGACUUGGCCUGGGUGAGCCAGCGGACGUUUGCAGGGACCGUGGGGGCCAUGCAAAAAGGGAUAUCGACGGUGAGUGGGGCCGUGCGCGCGGUGCGAAGGGAGUUGGAUGAGAAGCUGCGGAUGAUGGAAGGCCACGUAGACGAAAUGCAUGACUCGCUAUCGGGGAAGAUCGAGGACGAGAUUGGGGGUGUCAAGGUGGAUGUGAAUGGCGUUCACAAGGAGGUAGUGUGCGUAAAGGACCGCAUGGAUGAUUUUAGAAUACGAUUUGAGCAGCUGGACGGAAAGAUGGACAUGGCGACUUCGGGAAUUAUGGCGCUCGUCAAGGUCGUGUCGACGUUGGCGCCGGAGCGGUUGCAACCGGGCACGCCGUUCUUUGAGUUGAAGAGAUUCAUGAACUCGAACCCGCACGAGAAAAUUGCAGGAAGCAGUGUUGUACGAAGGCUGUCGAAUCGAGGGUUGGGUUUGUUGUCGGGAGGGGAAGUUGAGGAAGCGAGUGAAAGCGAUGAACCUUUUGAGGCUAUGAAGAACGCGAGCAGCAAGAGCAGCAAGGGCAGUAAGAGCAAACGAAAGUCAAGCUUCGACAGCAAGUUUAACGAUGAGAAGCCUCUUCCGUGGCAAAUUUGAGACUUUUGUUCAUAUUGAGAACAGAGAUCUCCUUCAGACAUUCGAAAUGGUUGCCGUGUGAAUAGUUAAAGAGUCAGAUAAGUGAAUUGGGACUUGAAACUAAAGAUGAGAAGCG